UCUGCCUCUCUCUCUCCCUCUCAAAAUAAACAAAACACUAAAAAUAGAUUAAAAAAAUAAUAAAAGUGCUGCUUUCUAGCAUGCAGGACAGAGGGCUCAAUUCAGUUCUACCUAGCUUUUGCUUCAGUUAUUUAUUGAUUCCCCAAAUGUUUCUGGAUAACCUGUUUCUUGGCAGGCAGGAUCCUUGAUGUUGGGUCUCCAGGAAUGAAGAAAAGUGACAAAACUCUCUGCCUUCAUAAAGCUUACAGUCUGGCUGAGGAAUGAAUUUAUCACUGCAAAAAAUAAAAGUUGUGAAAAUCUGUGAAGUUUGAACAAGCAGCCUUCCAAGAUGUACCGAAUAUCUCAACUGAUGUCAACACCAGUGGCAAGUAAAUGUUCUUCAGGCUCUGAGAGAAGAUAUACCGGAGAGCCGUCUCCCAGAUGCCUUUUCCCAAGUUUUGCCUGUGAUUUCCCGGAUGGUGACAGUUCCUUUGAAGGCUGCUCUGCAGCUCUCUUGACGGGCUCCCACGUGACCUGUCGCCGAAGUCCCAGACUCCUCUCCAAUGGCUACUAUGUUUGGACAGAGGACCCUUUCCUCUGUGACAAAGAUGGCAACAUAACUCUGAGCCCACCCCAGGCCAGUGUUCUUUACAAGGAGAAUUUAGUUAGGAUAUUUAGAAAGAAAAAGAGAAUCCGCCCUUCCUUUUCUAAUCUCUUCAGCCUUGGUGCCUCUAAAUCCUGGCAGCAUGGAAAUAUCUUUGGUGAUGUUGACUCUUCCCAAAGUGAGGACACCUGGUCGGAGGGGGUCGGGAGGCUGGACACGCACCAUUGCAACGAUAUCGGCGACGAUCGCGAUGGUUCUGCGACUGAUGCACGCGAGGCAGAGCAGCGGAAGGCAGCCUCCUCCUCCAGCCACGCUGCGUCUCGGACUCCGCCAGAGAACUCCCACGACCUGGCCCUUCAGUCUCAAGGGACAACUUCUGAACAUUUCCCGGGGAACCUUCUGGAUCACGCAAAAACCAGUUUGUGGAGAGACAUCUUCUUUCAAGCAUUUCUACUGGCCGCGUGCUUAAUCAUUUGUGCAUGUGCAAGGUGCUUUCUGGGAGGGAUAUUGGCCAGUGUCCUCAUGUGCCCAUUGGCGAUAACUACUGCCUAUACUGUCACAUCGUUGUUUCUCAGCCUUGCCGACUAUUUCGAAGCCACCGCCUGUGCUCAGUAAGUGUUGACUGUGUUACCAUCAUCCUGACGAAGCUGACUGUAGCCGGCUACCUGAGACUGCUUUUGGCUGCCUAAUGGAUGGCAAUGACCACGCACAGGAAGCGUCCCCGUCAUCUGUCUCGAAGAAUACUUUCUGUUAAUGCUAAAAUCUCAUAGCGUUCUCAUCCAGUCUCUUACAUUUUUACCAGUUCUUCAAAAUUGAGAAAAUUAAGCUUCAAGGCACUAGGACUUAAUAAAUAACGUGAACCUAAAAUGCGUAGGUCCCCUGUUAAAGUGUUUUUAUAGGUUCAUAGCGCUGCACUUUAUAAAUACCUAUUAAGAGGCCUUUAUCUUACAGUGCCCCAAAUAGCUGGCAAACUGCCCACGAAAUGGUCUCGCUUGCAAAGUGUGAUGUCUCUGCCACCUCUCACUCACUUCACGAUCCCCCUGCGUGCUGACUGCCCUGGCUCAUCAUAUUUCAGAGUGUUGUUGGGGUCUGGGUGAGAUGCUCACAGAAUUUCAAACGGCCUGCAAAACCCCAUCCCGUUGCAAGAUGGAUUGUGUUAAUGACCCCCUCUUCUAUAUGGCUGCCAGAGGCCAGCUCCCAUAGCUUAGAGACGGAGCUCUAUAAUUCAAAUUAGCUCACCGGCCUUUGCUCUCGACGCUGUGCCGCCCUAUUUAUGAAAUCACUGUGUUAAUGCUGAAAUCACAAUGGGACUUGGUGAAGAUUUAUUUUGUUUAGGACUCCAGCCAGUAUUGAUUUCCUGACAGUCUGAGCGAUGUUUCCCUUCCUUUCCUGGCAUUCCAGGCUUCUGGGGACAGGCUUUGAUAUAGCUAAGAUGUGGUCCACCUCGUGGUUAGAAAAUUGGGUCCCGAGGUCACCCAAGAACUUCUUAUUCUUUAGCGCUUGUCUAUUAAUAACAUUUAUUUAAAACUCC